AUAGCGAUAUUUAUAAUUUCAUUAUCAACAGAAAAUAAAAAAAUUGCCGAAAAAUACAUCAGAUUUUGCAUACGCGGAAAAUUAGGACGUACUGUGCCAGUUUUAUUAUCUAAGGAAUUAUUCAAUUGUGUUACUUUAAUUUUAAAAUGGCGAAAAGAAGCUAACGUACCAAGCAAAAAUCCAUAUAUCUUUGGAUUGCCUGGUUUUAGCAACCAUAGAUACAGAUAUCUUAGAGCUUGUGUUUUAAUGCGCCAAUUUGCAAAAGAAUGUAAUUCAAGUGCUUCUACAACUUUGCGCGGCACCAUAUUAAGGAAACACAUAGCGACACAUUGUAUUCAAUUGAAUUUAAAUGAUGUUGAAGUUUCGGAGUUGGCCACAUUUAUGGGCCAUGCAGAUAAGAUACAUAAACAGCACUAUAGGCAGCCACAGGCAAGCAGAGAUAUUUUAAAAAUUUCUCAAUAUUUAGAAGCGGUUCAAGGAGAACAAAAUUUGAGUGACGAAACUUCAUCAGAUAGUGAAGUCGAAAAUCUUAACGAUUUUUGUAACAUCAGUAAUGAUACCGACUACAGUAAUACUACAAAAAAUGUAUCUCCGUGUGUCACAGAAAAAACUUCUACAUCAUAUGAAAAUGAAGACAAUAAUAAGAAACGGAAAAGAUCUAGUAAGAAUUAUUUUCUGCUACAUACAAAAGUUUGCUCUAUUUUGUGAAACGCUGUGUUAUUCUAAACAACUUGUUAUUUCAAAUUUUGCUAGAAUAGA